UAGAGCUUUGAAGCCUUACGUGUUAUAAUAAAGAUCUUUCCAUGUAUGGCAAUUGCACAAGUUUUCCAUUCUCCGAAAGUUUGUAUUUCAAUCUCUUUAAUCUUCAAUCCAAACUCCAACCAACACCCUUCAUUUUCCCUCCCUCUCCACCCCAAUGAAGCAGCAAGACCGUAUUUACACAGUCCCAUAUCUCCAUCUCUUCAAUCCUCAAUCUCCAUAUCUUCUUCACUGCUUCUCUGUUUUUCUGCUCUUUGGCUCUGUUUUGCUCAUCGGAAUCACUCUCUUUAUCAAUGACUUCUUCCUCAACUUCCACAUCCAGCAAUUCCUUGGCUUCACUUCACCUCCACCGCCUUCAACAACCAAUGUUUCUUCAUUAAAUCAGACCACAGAAACAAAACCCUGGUCAAUAAGUAUUCAGAAUCAGACUACAGAGACAAAACCCUGGUCAGUAAGUAUUCACAAUCAGACAGAACCUACCUUAACACAGCAUGGAGGAUUGAAUGAUUCCUUGAACGUUCCUCCGAAGGUGAUGCAUCAUAUGAGUGAUCAAGAGUUGCUACGGACAGCUUCGAGGGUUCCUAGGAUUCAGAAAGUUCAUUUCAGGCACACCCCUAAAGUUGCAUUCAUGUUUCUGACGAAAGGUCCUCUUCCAUUGGCUCCUCUGUGGCAGAGAUUCUUCCAAGGAAUCGAUCCUGGAUUGUAUUCUAUCUAUGUUCAUUCCCAUCCUUCUUUCAACCAAACACUCCCCAGAACAUCUGUCUUCUAUGGCCGCUCAAUCCCAAGUAAGGAAGUAAGAUGGGGGAAUAUUGACAUGAUAGAGGCAGAGAUACGGCUACUAGCUAAUGCCUUGCUUGAUUUCUCCAACCAACGUUUUGUUCUGCUCUCAGAGUCAUGCAUUCCUCUCUUCAACUUCUCCACUAUCUACAACUAUCUCAUGAACUCAACCCAAAACUAUGUGCAAGCCUACAAUUUGCCAGGCGUAGAGGGAGGACGAGGACGUUACAGUUCCCAGAUGAAGCCACUCAUUAAGCUUAACCAGUGGCGAAAGGGCUCACAGUGGUUUCAAAUCAACAGAGCCCUAGCAAUUGACGUAGUCUCCGACAAACAAUAUUUUCCAGUGUUCAAGCGCUAUUGUAAGGCUUUUUGUUGUGGGGAUGAGCACUAUUUGCCCACUUUUGUUAGCAUCAAGUUUUGGAAGACCAACUCGAACAGGACUUUGACUUGGGUUGACUGGUCAAAAGGUGGAAUCCACCCAUCAAGGUUCAUGAGAAUGCAUAUAACCUAUGAUUUCUUGGAGAGGCUAAGGCAUGGAAGCACAUGUGAGUACAACGGAAAGACCACUAAUAUUUGCCAUUUGUUUGCAAGGAAAUUCAUGCCUGACUCUUUGAAUAGGCUUCUACGGUUUGCUCCCAAGAUAAUGCGAUUCAAUUGAUUAUUUAUUUGAACAUACAAUACCCUUUUGGAUUCAACUUGUUCAUUCAUAUACAUACAAUGGCUGGGUAUAUAGUUUGGCGCCUCAGAUAGGGCCAGAGAAUAUUUCUAAAGGGCAUGAUAGUACAAAAUUUUGUACUAUUAAUACUUCUUGUGAUGUACCACAGAAUAAGAUUAAGAAUUAUCACACAGGAUCCUCUCAUAUUCUCCUCCUCCAAUUUCCUGUCAAUCUGGAGAGAGAAAGGGAGAGAAGGAAUGUGUCCGAUCCAUUCUUUGUUACUAUCUCCAUCGCCUUGGAAUUAGCUAGAUAGAAUAGCCCGAUCAGAUACUUGGUAUUUAAUGUUAUAUACAUGAACAACCAGUC